ACAGGAUGAUGGUACAUGGUAAUAAUAUAAGUAAAUUGGUGAUGUCUAACCUCCCAAUAUACAUAUAGGAUUCAACUGCGCAGAUACACCCGCGAAUAGAUCAAAGAGCGAUACCCUUUAGCGUAUUAGAACUUGCAGACUAAAGUCUGUGGAGUUAUAAUUAUAGUGCUGGCGAAUUCUUGUUUUCUUACAAGUGGCUCUACCCUUCCCUCGAUGUACUUGCGAUGAUGGGACAAAGCCCUAUGAUAUAUAAGAAGCUUUAGAUUCGUGAGCGGUUCUCUCUACAAUCCGGGAAAUAUCUAACCUUGGUCAGCUUUAUAAGGGAACAUCAACUUUAUAAGCACGCCCACACAAUCAUAUAUACAUAUAUAAGUAUAUGUAUAUUAUAAGCGGGCGAUUAGUACAUACACUUUUAUAUACAUUAUGAGUGAAGGAAAUCUCACAUCAACGCCACCUGCCACGGCAGCCAGUGCACGCAGCGAGUUUGAUGAUAGCAGGAAUACAAGUAAUCCGUCCCCUAAUUCAAAUAAUGGCUUCAACAACAACAACCCAGCUCAGUACAACAGUAGUAUUGCUAUCAACAAUAUGAUCAGCAAUGGACAGAAUAACAUGCCCAGUAGCUUACAGCCGGGACAGCAGAGCAAUGCAUCUGUUCCGCCAUUGGAUGCAGCAAGCAAUACAUCACUCACACAGGGAAUGGUAUCCAACACGCCCCAUGGCAUGCUUAACAACACACCACAGACACAGGGCAUUCCCCUACAUUCAGUACAAGGGAUGCCAACCAACUCGGCACAGGGUCUGAUUAAUAGGGCUCCUAUGCCGAAUACUAUGAACAACACACAAAUGCCCAACAAUACAAUGUCGUCGGAAAUGCCUAGUUUGAGCUCUAAUCAAGGAUUGGUGAAAGUGAAUUCUGGUGGGUUAAACGGCACUGGUACGGGUGGCCCAGUGCCUGUAGAGUUAAGAAAAGACAAACGUGCGCAUCAUACAGCGUUGGAAAGGAAGCGGAGGGAUCACAUCAAAGACAAAUUUGCAGUGCUGCACAAAGAGGUACCGGGCUUGCAGGAGAACGAUAAGGUGUCGAGGUCGAACAUACUCACAAAAGCGACUGACUACAUCAUUGAUCUGUCAAAGAAGAACGAUGAGUACCAUGAUGAAGUAGAGAGAUUGAGGCGACAGAAUCUUAUCCUUCAGCAACAGAUAGAUUCUCUAGAAACGGGGAAGAUCCAGGGAAUCGAACACGAGCCCGACCACUAUGAUGGUAUAAGUGGUAUGAACGACCAGAUGAGCGAUCUCAACUACGGUACAAGUGAACCGGGUAUCAGACCACUCAACGAACCUACGCUCAAUGAUAUCCUAUAAUAUACCGGACAUGGGGUACAACAGGCUGUCAGUCGAGAAAGGGCUUAAGCGGUUGAAUCGUUUGGGUCCUGGAAUCGAUGAGGUGCGGAUGAAACAGGACAGAACGAUAUUUGACAGAAAAUUGGGCUUGUAUGCGUAUGUGUUUCACGGAAAUAUACAUUCAAUAAAAACGGCGUAUCCGCUUAA